AUGGAUGCCGCUGCUUCUCUGAACCGUUUGCUUACCGUCUUGACCGAGCGCGACAUCGGCCUGGGCUAUGAUGAUUUGGCAUGGUUGUUUGAUUCUCCCCAAACCCGAGACUCUAUGGUGUCCUGGGUUCAUGAAUAUCUAGAUCCUGCUACUCUCCUCAGUCCAGAGGAACUUGACAUGCAUGCUUAUAUCGCCCAAUCCAACUACAGAAUUUCUCCUGGCCAUGGACUGUCACGACCGAUGCAAGAACCUGACUUUGAAUCUACCAUCAACUCCCUGGAAACAAGCACCGCAGCCAUAGAGAGGCAGACAGCCAUACUGGAAGCUCAGAGGGAUACGUUACGAAAGAUACAACAUCUCAACAGAGAACCUACUUCCUCCACCUCUGACAACGACGAGAAGCAAGCAGCCCAAGCACGAACAAAAGCCCAACUAGAUCUCGAGGCAAGCGAGCUCACCGAAGGUAUCCAGCAGCGCGUCAGCGUCACAAAACGACAUGCAGAAUCAAGUCUGAACCUACUCAAAACUUCCUCCAAGCGACAACUAGACAAGGACGACCGCCUCCUCGAUGGCCUGCAAAAAGUAAUGUUCAAACUUGCACCUUUGGAGUCGAGUGAAAAGCGUCUUCCCAAUUUCAAUUCCCUUUCUUAUGCUUUGGUCAAGCUAGAGAGCAAAAUGAUCAAGGACCGUACAAACAACACUUACCUCGAAGUCCUUGAUGGCCUGGCUGGUAAGACCGAUGGCUUUGAGCGACAAAGUAAUGCGCAAGCGGCGCAAGAAGCAUACGCGUUAGCCGAAGAACUCGAGAGCUUGAUUACAGAAGUGGACUCGGUGCUCGAAAUGACCAUAAGCAGACGCUAUCGAGCGCCUAUCGUCAAUGCUCUGAAACUCUCUGAUGCCCAAGCUCAGCUCGAGCAACAGAGCUGGUUAGAAUAUGUCGUAAGAACCCUAGACGAACUAGCUCAGAAGACCGAAGAUCUGGCCUCUUGCACUGAAGAUGCCUUGGCAUACACAUCUGCAAUUACACAGGUCUCAGACGCCCUUGCCAAAACACUUCCACCACCAACACAGCCACCAUCUGGACUCGACAGAAAGUCAUCAACCAGGGGUCCUUCGCCUACCAAGUCCAUGAACCCCAUCUUACACCGCCAAGGAGCCAAAGAUCCAGCUCUGGAGAUUCUCGGACACUACGGUAUCAGGCUUCCCACUGAUUUCGAAAUAGACCCCGAGACCGUGUUUCAAUCCCUGCGAUCUGCAGUUUUCGAACGUCAAUCACGCCUACGAGAUUUGUCAAUGUCUACUGAGCUGUCCAUCACUGCUCAAGUGGCCGAGUCUGUCAAGUUGGCGGACGAAGAGUUGCAGACUCUCAUGAGCGCUCUUUAUGCUUACUCAUCCUAUUCUACUGUACAUCUGGAAGACACCAAGGUCAAGCAGAGAUUGGAGCAUCUGGAUCACGACAUUGAGAAUCUAGGAGAUGAUAUCAAGAGGCUUGAUGUUGACCGACUGGCUAAGACGGAACAAGCAAGACUUUCAACUGCUCUUAGUGCUUCGCUCGGGUGA